CCCCCGCUGCUGCUGCCGCCGCCGCCGCCGGCGCUGCUGCUGGCGGGCCCCCCGGGCAGAGCGUGCCUGCGGGCAGUGCUGGCGGAUUCGCGCUUCUUCCUGGUGUGCAUGUGCUUCCUGACCUUCAUCCAGUCCCUCAUGGUCUCCGGCUACCUGAGCAGCGUCAUCACCACCAUCGAGCGGAGAUACAGCCUCAAGAGCUCGGAGUCGGGGCUGCUGGUCAGCUGCUUCGACAUCGGGAGUCUGGUGGUGGUGGUCUUCAUCAGCUACUUCGGGGGUCGCGGGCGGAGGCCGCUCUGGCUGGCAGUAGGGGGGCUUUUCAUCGCCCUGGGCGCUGCGCUCUUCUCCUUACCUCACUUCAUCUCUCCGCCGUACCAGAUCCAGGAACUGAACUCCUCCGUCAGUAACGAGGGCUUGUGCGUGGCUGGCAAUGGCACUGCCAAAGAGCAGUGGGACUCGUCGGCCUGCUUCAAGGACACCGGCGGAAAUGACCACUCUCUCUAUGUAGCUUUAUUCAUUUGUGCCCAAAUCCUCAUUGGCAUGGGCUCGACACCCAUCUAUACCUUGGGACCAACCUACUUAGAUGACAAUGUCAAGAAAGAAAACGCCUCGCUUUACCUAGCCAUCAUGUACGUAAUGGGAGCACUUGGACCUGCAGCUGGAUACUUACUAGGAGGACUUCUCAUUGGGUUCUAUGUUGAUCCUAGGACAACUGUGUAUAUUGACCAGAGUGAUCCUCGAUUUAUUGGAAACUGGUGGAGUGGAUUUCUCCUUUGUGCCAUUGCAAUGCUCCUUGUGAUAUUUCCCAUGUUUACCUUUCCGAAAAAGCUCCCUCCUCGACAUAAAAAAAAGAAAAAGAAGAUGAACUCUGCUGAUGUUUCAAGUGAUGAUGAUGUGAUAAAAGAGAAAACAAGUAGCAAAACAGAAACAGACAGUUCAGUUUCUGCCUCUAUGGGAUUUGGAGAGAAUGUUAAAGAGCUUCCAAGAGCAGCUGUCAGGAUCUUAAGCAACAUGACAUUCCUUUUUGUGAGUUUGUCAUACACAGCUGAGAGUGCCAUUGUCACAGCUUUUAUUACCUUCAUUCCCAAGUUCAUCGAGUCACAGUUUGGCAUCCCAGCUUCCAAUGCCAGCAUCUACACUGGUGUGAUAAUUGUCCCAAGUGCUGGUGUUGGUAUUGUCCUAGGCGGCUACAUUAUAAAAAAGCUGAAACUUGGUGCACGAGAGUCUGCGAAGUUGGCUAUGAUCUGCAGUGGUGUAUCUCUGCUGUGCUUUUCAACACUCUUCAUUGUUGGAUGUGAAAGCAUUAAUCUAGGGGGAAUAAAUAUACCUUACACAACUGGUCCCACUCUUGCCAUGGCCCACAGGAAUCUGACUGGAAGCUGUAAUGUUAACUGUGGAUGUAAGAUUCAUGAGUACGAGCCUGUCUGUGGAUCAGAUGGAAUAACAUAUUUUAAUCCUUGCUUAGCUGGCUGCAUCAAUGGUGGAAACCACAGCACAGGGGUCAGGAAUUACACAGAAUGUGCCUGUGUGCAGAGCCGGCAGGUGAUCACUCCACCGACAGUGGGCCAGCGCAGUCAGCUGCGGCUGGUGAUUGUCAAAACCUACCUGAAUGAGAAUGGCUACGCUGUGUCUGGGAAGUGUGAUCGGACCUGCAACACACUCAUCCCAUUCCUCAUAUUUCUCUUCAUUGUAACCCUUAUAACAGCAUGUGCCCAGCCAUCAGCAGUCAUAGUGACACUCAGGUCUGUGGAAGAUGGGGAGCGGCCCUUUGCACUAGGAAUGCAGUUUGUUUUAUUAAGAACUCUUGCUUACAUUCCCACUCCAAUUUAUUUUGGGGCUGUCAUUGACACCACGUGCAUGCUUUGGCAGCAGGAUUGUGGCGUACAAGGGUCUUGUUGGGAAUACGAUGUCACCUCGUUUCGUUUUGUCUACUUUGGGUUGGCAGCUGCUCUCAAGUUUGUGGGAUUCUUUUUUAUUUUCCUGGCCUGGUAUUCCAUAAAGUGUAAAGAAGAACAACUGCAGAGACAGAGUUGGAGGGCUUCGCCGGUGAACACUGUGAGUGAGAUGGUUGGACAAACUGGACCCCAACAAAACUAUGCACGGACUAGAUCCUGCCCUACCUUCAGUUCCCAAGGAGACAUCAGUGUGGCACAAGGAAUGAACUGCUUAGCACAGACCUACCCCGGCCCUUUUUCAGAAGCAAUAAAGUCCUCAAAUGAAAAUGCAUUGGAAGAAGUCACUGUUGAGAUAUAGACCCCUGGCUUGGUAACGUAAUAUUUAGUUUUGUUGGUUGACUUAGUUACGGCGCCUUGUAAAACACCUGUGCCUUCUAUUUUUAAUCUAAAUGUAACACAUGAUAAAACCAACAAAGCUUGAUGCAAACAACCAUAAUAUAAUCCUGAGGGCUGGAUACCUCAAACCAACCUGAGUUCUUAUUUCUCCCCUCCCAACAAUGGAGUUUUAAAAAUUGUGUUUGUAAUUAUUUCAGAUGUGUCCAUUAAAUGUCCAUGCUCUGAUCUAAUAUCAUUGUAAAGCUGAGGUGUUACGAACAGCAUAAGUCAGUGGAAGAGUGACAAAAACUCAUGUUGUUGAUGUCUAGACUCACAAAAAUGCUUAAAUGUAUUGUCAACUUCAUAUCCGCAAAUUGUAUUUUUAAUAGAUGAGUAAUUACUGUGAGUUCUGCUACAAAGCACAACUGAACUUAUUUAAACUAUGCAACUUAUUUGGAUAAUUGUAUGUGCAGCAAAUUAAGUUUAAAGCUUGCUUUUAAAGACAUUACUGCAACUGAAUUUGAAAGGGGCUAUUUUCAGGCGUAAUCAUUAAAAAAUAACAUAAGGUUUAAAGUACUGUUAAUAACAUGUCAAGCCAUACAAGAGUUAUGCAUCAGGUAAUGUUUGCAAAUGUUGAGUUGUAACAUCUUUAUCUUGUCCAAAUGUGCAUUAAUUUUCACUUGAUGGGAUGUAGUCAUUCUUCACAAAGUACAUAGGAUACUGUAAUGCUUGAAGUAAAAAACUUCAGUAUUGGUUUAUAGUAACAUUAGCAUGUAGGAAUCAUACACACAUACCAGAGCAGAUAUGUGCAUAUUUCUGCAAUGUUAUUUGGGUGGCUGUUACUAGCACCAAACCCAUACUUCCCCGAAGAAGAAAGCAGCUGGUUAAAGCUUGAUAGGAAGUUUGGCUGUCCUUCAGAAUUGUGUGCCAGUCUAGUUCAGCUUCAGUGGGAGGGUCCUAAGGGAGAGCUGAUGGGCUCGUCUGGGACCUGGCGGGUCCCUUGCAGCCUGCAGCGGCAGAGUUCAGGCUGCAGGAGUGAGCCACCCUCCAGGGGCUGCGAGCAGCCUGCCCACCCUGAUGCCAGCUAGGAGGCUGUCCCUGUGCUCCUGACACCAGCCAGGCACUGAGCACCCUGACUCCCAGGGCAGCUGGGAAGGGAGGGCUGGCUCAGACACCCUCGUUUCUGCUACACUUCUGCCUCUCUGGCUGCCUGGUGCUGGGCAGACUGGUGGGACAGACAUGGGGGUCCUGGUUGUCCUACACAUCUGCCUUUCCUUUUCUCAGCUUCACUGAAAGCCCUUUUGAAGGUAAAGGGUGAGUUUGUCUCUCCUUUGGCCCUCCGAGUGAGGAGCUAAGAAGAGAAAUUACUGGCAAGUGUGGACUCACAGGAUGAGAUGUGGCCUUUGCUUAUCCAAAUUACUGUAGUGUGUUCUCUCCCUGGGAGAUGCUGAGACUUUCUGAUCAAAUGUGCUUGGCAUUUCAUUUCUUCCUCUUUGUAGCUUUGUAGCACCAUGCUCAUGAGGUACUAAUGAUGUCUGAAAAGGCAGAAAAUUAUGUCAGUCGGACACUGGGAAGUCAAGGCGGUACUGUGCCCUGCAGGGGAAGUCUUAGAAGUGUAGGAAAUUAAAAAGCAGUCUUUUAAGAGGACUCGGUGAUAGUCUAGUUUGGAUUUUGCUGAGUAGAGAACUUGUGUGAAAAUAAAUAGGAAAGAGCAGAGCUUCUACAUAUUUUUUAACAGUUACUUCUGGUUUAAUUUUUCAAUUUAGAACAUGUAUUUCUAUCAAAUAUUAUAUGGAACCAAGUUCUUGAAAAUAAAGGCAGUACUCUCCUUGGCAUCCAUAGAGUUGUACUAGGAAGAGUAGAUUCUCUUCUCUGCCUUUGCCAAUUGCCUUUUGUCAUCAGCUGGAUCCUCUUGACCAGCACAUUGGACUACCCAUGGGGCUGCUUAUUUCAGAAUAUCUCAGUCCAUUUAUGUCGUUUAUAACAAUUCUUACUCUUCCUGUCUGAAAACUCUGUUUCUUCUAAUCCAAACAUAGAAGAAUAUUGUUCUGAUCUCUUCCUGUGAUUUUGUCCAUAUGAACAGCUUUUUUUGGCUUAAGCCUGAGAAUGUGUUUUCCUCAUAUGCAGCCACCAGAUACGACAUGUCCUUGGUCAGCACUCACUGCCUGAGAUAAUUGGCAUCUACACUUCUUGUCAUGAGUAAUAAAUUUCCUUGGCUCAAAGGUGUUUGGUAUAUAUAUAUAUAUAUAUAUAUAUAAUAUAUAUUUGCUGUAGGAGAUCAAAAUAGAUGAUAAAAAUGUUUCCUUUUGCUUCAGUCUCAAAUGCUUGUUGCAUCAAGAAUUUUCUACCUUGGCAAUUGGCAAAGUAUUAGGACAGAGUGUAACUGCAGCUCAGCACUUGUCCAUUUUUAUCACUUCCCCACUUUAAUCAUCACAGAGAGAAGUGAAGAGUGACAAUCUUUUCAAAUACCUCAGAAAGAGAGCAUUUAGAGAAUUGUAAAAGAUUGAAAACUAAUCAUCUAUCCCGAUCUCUUAUAUUUCAUGCCUGUGUGCUUCUGUUCCAUACAAAAACCAAGGGAGAGCAGAUUAGGAUUGUCAAGAACUAAUGGCACUGAUGCCAAAGAAUGAGAGUGAUGGAAGUGACACUUCUGUAGCUACUGCUGUUUAUGGGCUUUCAAGGGGUUUCAGGGCUGGUUACAAUGGAGACCAUCUAUUUUUUAGGAUAUCUCGACCCUUUGACUUCUGAGAACAUUCAUAUUUCCUAAAUGUUUGAAAAAGUGGAAUGUAGAAAGAAAUGUUAACUUCAGAAAUACUGAAAAAGCCUUCUUUGCAUGCUUUCAAUUUUAAUUUUUAUUUAGAAAUUAAAUUUUAAUUUUUCUUUGAGAAUUACAUGCAAAACAAAAUGUAAUUCCUUACUUUUCAAAGAAAUUUCUUCCUGGUUUUAGGUAUGGAUAAUUUUGGCAAGGCAAAUAAAUUUCUAUAAAAUCAAUUAAGUCAGCAUCCUCUGAAAGAAGAAAAUACCCAAACUCUGUCCAGUUUUUGAUUGAUUCCUGGAGGAGAGUUUCUCCUGAGUAAUCUAUAACAGUGUAAACUAAGCCAAUAAAGGUAUGCAGGGGAAACACAUUCACUUCCUAGAAAUGUCAAUUCCAGCAUUGUCAUUGACUGGUAUAUGGACUGAGACCUGCUGAACAAACCCAAGUCACCUGCCUGCAGCUUAUCAGCCAGUGAUAACGUGAAGCAGCAACAUCUGGUGAUGAUCUAAGUGCCACCAUGCCCUCAUAGGGACACACUAACUCCCUCUUCCACCACUUAGUCAUGAUUUAGAGUGAGGAACAUCAGAGUAGCCCAAAUACAUGGACUUGAGUGGACAGGUUAAUUGUCCCUGCUUAGCCUCCCAUUCACCCUUGUUUCCUCAAAAAGGAGAAAACUUCAGAAUGGAUGCAGCCAUGGCUUUGGGCGCUUAUGAAUGCACCACCCUUAGGAGAUAAUCAGUAAAUUAUUAUUCCAAGGCUGGAAUAAUCUGGAGAGUGGGACUCUCCAUGUUUCCAGUUUUAGUCAAAAGCAUUCUGGUUUUAGUCUCCCUUCUUCCCCUUGAGCAUACUGGAUAAAAUAUGUUACAAUUUGGAACCAAUGACAUUUUAUAGCCUUUCAGGAGAGUGUGAGAAGCUGCAAGAAACUUCAGUUAUUAUGGUGCAAUUUGUAUUUAUUCGGAAACUUUCAGUUCUUUGUCCAGUCUAUAUAUCUUUAAAAGUGCAUGUAGCAACAUUCAGAACUUACUGUUAUGUGAAUGAAGGCACAAAUCUCCUACUAGGUAUUAGAAAUGUACAUUUGAAAAGUCCUAAAUUAAUUGCAAACACUUCACUAUAGUGUUUUCAAAAAUAUGUUUUUAAUAUUUCUUAUUGAUUUGUAGUAUUAGCUAUUCAUUCAUUAUGUAUCUGAUCCAGAAGAACACUUACAUAUGUGGGUAAAUUUAUAUAUUUAAGCAAUGCACUUGAAAAUAAUGCACAUAUGUACGUAUGGCACUGAAUCCUGUCUGCAUUCAAAAAGAAAUUCCUUUAUCCAAAGAAUAUUUCUGGGUUAGUGUCUGCCCCAGGGAUUCAGUGGUAAUUAUAACCAGAGUAGCACAAAGUAGCACUUGAGUACCCUCCUGUGGCAUUCAGGUGUGGCUACUUACAUAGCCAGCAACGGAGGAAUGCUGUCAUUUUCAAAUAGAAUUCGAAUUCAAAAUAUUUUAUGGGAAUGGUCUAAGAUUCAUUCUCACUCUUCCUGCCAUUCACUUCUUUUAUGGAUUUGUGUGUGAAAACCUGUGUGCUAGAUGGGGAGAUAGAUUAAAUAAAGGCACCCUUCUGACCUUAGAGCCAGUGAAAUUGCUCAAGUGAUGCUGCAGGCUCAAAUUGUGCCCUUUCACAGGAUUUGGACCUAGAGGUUCAGAUGGCACAUUGUCAGUAUCCCGCACAAAACGGAGCAGAGCACUGCCUGCUCAGUGGAGCUUCAGAGAGCAUGUCUGGGACAGGGGUCAGCACCUUCUGCACUGUUCUUGUGGGUUUUUCCCCAAAAUGCCUGAAUAAAUGCUGCCUUACUACACUUUUCUGUGCAUGUGAUAGCACAGCUCUUCAUGGUGUUUUAUUGACAUAAAACUGAUGAUAAAUAGGUCCAAGGUGUCUUACUGCUAUUUUAGAGCCAGAUUCUUGGUCUCACCAGUCCAGUGUUGAGGCUGAAGAACUAGGCCGUAUCUUGUGUUGGAAGUUAGCAAGCUGAUGCUUUAGCAAGUGUGUAUGAACUAGGGAAUAUCAAGCUUGUUUAGCUUUUAUACUCUAGUCACUGGUUAUUACUACUGUUUUUGGAGAUUGAAGACAAAAAACUUCCUAAACAGGUUUAUCUUUUUCUGUUUUUUCAAUAAUCUGUCUUUUACAAUGGCUUAGGAGAUGCCAUGCUGCAUGCUUCACAAUCUGGGUUCCCCCAGCUGAAACCAUCCAGCUGUGGUUGCUUUGCAGGGGCUUAAAACACAGAGAUUUACCAGGACUGCGACCUGCAUCGUCAUUGCUUUGGACAGAGUGUUUGCUACUUAGAGAUUAAACCUGUAAUCAGCACAUUUCAGGUUCUUCACAUACUGGACUUGAUUCUUUGGAUGUUUUCAUCACUUCAGAGUGCUUAGAAAAUGGGCAGUCAACAUCAUGGUGGUAGAUUUAUUCCUUGAUAGGGAAUUAGGGCUUGGUUCUUCUUUUAACAUCUUGUUUGACAAAUAAUUAAAAAAGAUUGUAUGUAAACAUUGUCACAGAGUAGAGAUGUGGAGGCUUCAGUGUGAGGACAGAGUUAUGGCCAAGGUUCACAUGAUUUGUCUCCUUUACACUGAAUAUCACUAAUACAUAUUACUUCGUGGCCAAAGGUUUGAAAGCCUACCUGAUCCUCAGGAAUGAUUUUUUUCCUGUAUUUUCCUCAUAAUUUAUUGUGUAAAUUAAGGAGGAAAGUUAAUACUACCCAUGUCCUGUGACCAUAUCAGUUACAUUAAACUGCAGUUAAUAACUGCAAUAAAUAAUUUUAUCAGUCAUCCCUCCAGUCCUUCAGUUCAGCUAUUUCUUUUUUUUGUUAAUACAGCCUAUUAAACAUGUAGCUCUGCAAUUUCAUAGUAGCUCCAAAGUCUUCUUGACUUCAAGUGUUACAGAAUAGAUGCUUGUUAAUCCAGGUUUUAUUCUACUUUUCUAAUUAUUGCAUUAUCAAUUGUGUGUAUUGUAUUUUUUUUUUUAUUUUUUCAAUCUCAAACCAGUUGUCACAAUGUUAUCCUGUAACAAUGUUUUGUUCAUUACAUUGAAUAGGUGAAAAGCUGUGGAAUUAAUGAAGGGCUAUAAAAAGCAUCCAAAAUAUUGUUCACCUUGAGGAAGGGUGAGACAUCUUGAUAAUCUCUGGACAAAAGACUAAACAACACUGUGGUGCUAAUAGGUACUGAAGUAUUUUAUGAUGUAUUCACUAUGACUUAAAUGACAUAUUCAAGGCAUGUCAAUGAUGCAACUGCAUGUGUUUCUCUUCCUAAAGUCUGGACUGCUCUGACAAAGUCAGUGUUUGUAAUUCCUGGUGGGCCAAUUCCUACCUAGCUCUUUCAUAAUUUCAGGAGUUUGUGUGGGAUUUGGCUCAGCAAUAUUAGGUAAAGUAAAAGCUACACAGACCACAGAAGUCUAGUGUGGAAUGUAUUCAGCCUGCUGUAGCAUGUUACUUUAUUUAGUUGCUUCGCAUAAGCAGGGGCUAAAUAUAAAUUCUGUAGUAAUGAUAAGAAACACUGGACUAAAUUCUGGAACCACUUAACCAAGAAAUAUUAGCAAGCAUUUGAACUAAAAUGAAGAUUGAGGUCUGAAAUAUGAAUGUUCUUUCAUGGAAUAUCAGAAAAAGAGGGGUAAAAUAAGAGCAAAUUCUAUCUCUAGGAAUGAAAAAAGAAAAAAUCUGGCUGACUUUAAAGUGAGCUAUGAUUUACAAAAGGGGAGUUUGGUUUUAAAAUCUUGAAGACAAAAUUUCCAUUUUGAAUUCUGAACCAUAAUUGUUUUGUGUUAUUGUGCCUGGGCUGCUCAUGUAGGGCAGGUGUCUGUAUUCUAAAAAGCACUAAAGCACUAAUAGCACUAAUCACACUUCUGACCACCAGGCCAGAAACUUUGCCUCUGUAGCAAACUCCAUAAUGGAAAACUUGGAGGGAAAUUUUCGAAUGAAACAAAAAAAUACAUACAAAAUGAUCCAAAGCUGAGUUUUAAUAAAAAAGAAGAAAAUUUUGCGUCUGUGAGAUUCACAGUUGAGUGGAGGCUCUCCUGAGAGAAGACCUGCUCUUUUCACCAGCUGAGCACAUGGGAGCUUGGUCCCUGGCUGCAGUGCAUACCUCUACCAAAUGAUCUGUGCAGAACAGCAACAGUCUGGGUAGUAUUGUAGGAGCAUGGAAUGGGCACACUGCCUGUAACUGUUUAGUUUUUAAAAAACUCAUUAUUAAGCAAAUGUGUAGAGUAUUAAGGAAAUUUGUAGAGUAUGUCUGAUGGUAUGAGUGUGUGGGUGCUGUGCUGUGGUAAAAAGAGAAUAAUUGGUUUAUGCUGCUUAUUUUUGCAUACUUUAUGCUCUUUCUUCCUUUUUUUUUUUUUUUUUUUUUUUUUUAAUUUAUAUUUAUUUCUCAGCAGAGCUUAGAGUAAUUUUAAAGUUAUAUAACCCAUGAUUUAAUGAAACCUACUGUCAGCAUCUGUUGUAAACAUGUGUUUACAAAACAAACUCUUGAAUACUUGAUACUUGGAAAUAAAAAAUAGCAUAUCAUGCGUGUUGA